UUCGCGGGUGCCAUACUGCCCUUGCCUCUGGCCAAUGCAGUGAUCUCUCUCUCUCUCUCUUGUUUUUGCUUGCAAUCGCAAAGGGUCUUUCGCGUCCCUUUCUUGUGCUAACUUCACCGCUACCAUAUGCACAUUCUCUUGCCCUCUCUCUCUCUCUCUCGAUCGAUACCCAAAAGUCAAGAUUAUUAAACCUGUUUACAUAAAACGAAUUAUACCAACCCAUAAACAAUUUCUUGAUUUUCUUCUGUGUCUCAAACACAAAGGCCAAACAUGUCUGGACCUUCUUCUUCUUCUUCUUCUUCUUCUUCUUCUUCUGUUUGGUUGGCCUCUUACAUGAAACCACAGUUCUUUACUCGUAUCAGGCGGUUCUUGCAAUCCAAAACUGCACAGAAGAAUAAGCCAAGAACCAAAGUUUCGAUCGAUAAUAAAGAAGUUGGAGUAGAUAUGGAAGGAGGAACUGAAGAUGAUUCUAUGGUGUUACAAAGAUCAGUGAAGAAACUUCACUUCGGAAGCUGGGAAGAGAAGGAGAUGGCGGCUAUGGAAAUUCUGAGAUUAGCCAAAGAAGACGUCAAGACAAGAAAGUUGAUGGCUGAGCUCGGUGUUAUUCCUGCCUUAGUAGAUUUGGUAGCAUCGGAGGUGGCUGCUCGCCGGCAAGUGGCUGUCAAGGCUUUGAUUGAGCUUGCAAAUGGAACUUAUACGAACAAGACUGUCAUGGUAGAAGCAGGGAUCUUCUCAAGACUACCCAAGAACGCAGAUGUUUCAGAGGAUUCAAUGAUGCAUGAUUUUGCAGAAUUAAUCUUAUCAUUAUCUCCAUUGGCAAAUACCCAAUUCCAUCUUGCCUCAUCAGAAGUUCUACCAUUUCUAGUUACAAUUCUUGAAUCAAGCUUGAGUGUAGAGACCAAAGAAUCCUGUUUAGGCACUUUAUACAACCUCUCAGGUGUGUUAGAAAAUGCAGGACCUUUGAUCUCUAAUGGGGUAGUUCAAACUCUCUUGAGUCUAAUAUCAGUAAAAGAACUCUCAGAGAAAGCCCUGGCAACUCUAGGACAUUUAGUUGUGACCUUAAUGGGAAAGAAAGCAAUGGAAAAUAAUUCAAUGGUGCCAGACAGCUUGAUAGAGAUCCUGACAUGGGAGGAGAAACCCAAAUGCCAAGAAUUAUCAGCAUAUAUUCUGAUGAUUCUGGCAUAUCAAUGCUCAUCUCAAAGAGCAAAAAUGGCUAAAUCUGGAAUUGUCCCUGUACUUAUUGAAGUUGCACUGCUGGGGAGUCCUUUAGCUCAGAAGAGAGCAUUAAAACUCCUGCAGUGGUUUAAAGAUGAGAGGCAAACAAGGAUGGGCCCACAUUCUGGGCCUCAAACAGGAAGGAUAGCAAUGGGGUCUCCUAUAAAUCCAAGAGAAACUCAACAAGGGAAGAAAAUUAUGAAGAAUUUGGUGAAGCAAAGUCUGCAUAAGAACAUGGAGAUGAUUACAAGGCGAGCUAAUGCUUCAGGGGAGUCUUCAAGGCUUAAGUCUUUGGUUAUUAGCACAAGUUCUGAAAGCUUGCCUUACUAAGGAUUUUAUUCAUACUUGAGCAAAUUUCAAGCUUCUUUUAGGAAUUUGUUUUUUCUUUUGGCAAUGAUAUGCAUGUGGGAAUUUGUUGAUUACAGGGAGUGUAGUUCUUAUAGGAAAGAAUUGAACUCCUUGGAAAGCCAGAGUCAAAUGCAUUUCUUGUGCAGAAUAGCUUAUGAUAAUAGGAAAUUCUUGGCUAAGCCUGGUUUGCCGGUGAAAGAAUUUCUAUAAUUCCCCCUUUCCAUUAGAAGAUUGGCUUCUGUUUUCAAAUUUUUAAACAAAAGAUUUGCUAUAA